ACACACAUAUAUACACACACACACACGCACGCACACACACACAGUGGUGCAGAGUUGAGACAGCAUACAACAUGAAGAAGGACAACAGGCUGAAGACUUAAUAGGAAGUCCCACACACACACACACACACACACCCAACAGUGCAGUUGAGAGGGACGACAGGCUGGAGGUCUGACAUGGCUCAUCAGGAAGGAGCGCUGCUAGUUCUCACACUCCUCUGCCUUGAUAGUGUGUUACGUGGGGUCCGAGGAGACGGUGUGAAAGAGAACGAUCAGCCUGAGAGACGCUACGCUCUGAUUGGUGCUGGAGUGGGUCUGUUUCUGGCCAUCAUGUUUGUUGCUGUAAAACUCUGCAUGAUUAAGAGACACAUGCUGGACAACGGGUACCACUCUGCAGGACUCAAAGCACCAGGUUACAUAGAAGAGAAGCACCAGACAUUCCAGAUCAGCCCUGAGGACCAACACCAUAUCAGCCCUGAGACCAACACCAGAUCAGCCCUGAGACCAACACCAUAUCAGAUCAGUCCUGAGGACCAACACCAUAUCAGAUCAGCCCUGAGACCAACAUCAUAUCAGAUUAGCCCUGAGACCAACACCAGAUCAGCCCUACUGCAUCUUGAGCUACUGGAAGCUACUGGAAUUCAUGCAUUUCCACAGAAUUAUUUUUGGAAUCUGAUCCCUUAUCAUACCUGUUCAUUCAUACUCGUCGCUCAACUUAUCUUGACUAAAUUCAAGAUGGUGGCGAACUUCCUGAAGGUACUGUCUGUAUAAAUCGUCUUGUAAAUAAAC